CAUAAGACACAAACACGAACACUCUGCACACGCUGCAAUGAGUUUAUAAUGGACAACCUGUUAUAUCAAGAAGCAGAAAUAACACUGAACGCGAGGGCGUCCAAAUCGCUCUUCACGAGCGCAGGAGGAACCUGUGCAUUGAGCUCCACAACACUCCCUUCAGAGAGCUUCCUCCUGCGGGAGAUGAUGAGAGUAUGGCCCGCAGGAAAGAUGAUGAUGGUGCUGCUGCUGCUGCUGCAGGCGGACGGGACCUGAUUGAUGAUGCUGAUGAUGCGCAUCCCAUCAUGGACAGUGAAGAUGAAACAUAUCUGUCUCUGGAAGAGAUUUUAAAUCUUUACAAUCAGCCCAUCAAUGAGGAGCAGGCCUGGGCUGUUUGCUAUCAGUGUUGUCGCUCUUUAUCACAGGGGAAGGACGAUACCGAAGCAUCCGCUGGUGCUGGUGCCGGAGAUGUGAAAUGUGGAGAUGUGAGGAUUUAUAAAGACGGAGCCGUGCGUUUACAUUACACAUCAGGUACACAGAAUCCCACCCAUUCGUCCACACAGCAGGUGAUCGAGUCUCUGGGGAUUGUGAUCUAUAAAGCUCUGGAUUAUGGGCUGCAUGAAAGUGAAGAGCGAGAACUGAGCCCACCGCUCGAGCGGCUCAUCGAUCUCAUGACAAAUGUGGCCGAGACCGAGAGCGACUCCUGCACCGAUGAAGGAUAUGAAGCCGCUGAGGAAGAAGAAGAUGGCCGCAAACAAAAUCCAGCCCAUUCAUACCGUAUCCGGGGAUACAGUGACAUCAUUACGCUUUGUAGUCUUCAUCUGCCCAGUCCUUCAGAUGCGCUCGGUCAUUAUCAGGCCGUAUGUCGGGCGCUCUACGCUGAAACCAGAGAGCUUCACACCUUCCUGAAGAAGAUCAAGAGUGUCAAAGAGAACCUGCGUAAGAUAGAGGGAGACACGGUCGACGAUCAAGGCAGAGAGUUAAACGAGCUGCAGAAUGCUGAUUGGGCUUGGCUGUGGGUUCAGGUGAUGCGAGAUCUGAGAACAGGUGUGAAGCUGAAGAAGGUUCAGGAGCGUCAGUAUAACCUGCUACCCAUUGAGUUUCAGCUCACACCGUAUGAGAUGCUAAUGGAUGACAUCCGCUCCAAACGCUACAAACUACGCAAAGUCAUGGUGAACGGAGACAUUCCCCCCAAGUUAAAGAAAAGUGCUCAUGAGGUUAUACUUGAGUUUAUCAGGUCCAGACCUCCUCUCAACCCUGUGGCAGCACGAAAGCUCAAACCGCAGGCCGAACGUCCACCCAGCCUGCAUGAACGUAUACUAGAAGAGAUCAAGACGGAGCGCAAACUCAGACCCGUUUCACCUGAUCAGAUCCGCAGGAGUCGACUCGCAAUUCGGCCUCUUAGUAUGUCUCAGAGUUUUGAUUCAUCAGACGUGUCCUCUGCUGAUGGCUCCAUUAAAGCCUCCAGCUCUCUGUCAUUGGCCAAUGGUGUAUCGUCGCUUCAACCCAACACCUCCAGUGGGUUUCAGAGGAGACGACUUCAAGCCCCGACCCUGUCCGAGCUGGAAAUUUCAGAUUCAGAUGAUGAGACCACAGAUCAAAAGUCAGUCAGCUGUUCUAGUAUCUCUACAUCUAUGAUGGAUGACACAUCUCCAGAAUCUGUGCUCGGGAAGAAAACUCCGCCCAUGUUCCUGCCCAUCUCAUCCACACCGCAGCCCGAGAGACGACAGCCGGCUCAGCGGCGACAUUCGAUCGAGAAAGAAACGCCGACGUGUGUCCGACAGUUUCUGCCUCCAUCCAGACAGAGCUCGAAAUCCUUAGAGGAGUUUUGUUUUCCUGUGGAGUGUUUGGCUUUGACUGUACAGGAGGUCAUGCACAUUCGCCAGGUUUUGGUCAAAGCUGAGCUGGAGAAGUUUCAACAGUAUAAAGACGUAUAUAAUGCACUGAAGAAAGGGAAGCUCUGUUUCUGCUGCCGGAUAAAAAGAUUUUCUUUCUUCACCUGGUCGUACACCUGUCAGUUCUGCAAAAGGCCCGUGUGUUCACAAUGCUGUAAGAAAAUGCGGCUGCCAUCAAAGCCUUAUGCAAGUCUACCUAUUUACUCACUGGGUCCGUCCACACUGAAACGAGACGCUGCUGUUCCCACGUCAGAUAAACCCAGCACGAGUCAGCAUCGGCCCAGCCUUCAGAGAGCUGUGUCCAGAUUAUCCAAGCCUACGAGACAGUCGUCCUCUUCCCAAGAUGAACCGGAGCUUCCCAAAGAGCUGAUGGAGGACUGGACUACCAUGGAGGUUUGUGUUGACUGUAAGAAGUUUAUCUCUGAUAUCAUCGCCUCCGGUAAGCAAAGUCUCUCUCUGGCCAACAAACGGGCGCGCUUGAAGCGUAAGACUCAGUCCUUCAUUAUGGGAUCUGAGAAGAGUUCAGACUACAGACCAUCAGAGAGGACCAUCAAUGAAGUAUAAAACACUGAAGACCACAGCAUCUUCUGAUGUAAUGUUAUAUAGAUUAUUAACAGACUGAUGAACUCUUAUGGACAGACGCAAAUAUACACGUGGACCGUUUGCUCUUCUUGUGAUGUAAUGAUAUUCAGAUCGUUCGUCUCUGUAUGUACUGACGUCACACAGGUGGACUCAAAUCUCGGUAAAAUUCAGAUCUAUUUUACUUCUGCAGGAUGAUAUAUCAAUUCAUUUAUGAUAUAUUUACAAUGCGUUCUCUGGGAAUAUAAAAUAAACUUUGUGUUUAUUGUCAUUUAAAACACGGAAGAAUGGAGUCAAAAGGUUAAAAACGAGAUGACUUCAUAAUGUCAGACAAAAAGUUGUUUAAGGGGGCGUGCACACCAAAGCGUUUAAACGCCCGUAAAAAAACAGCCAGGCAGAAGCAGACUGACAGCUUUUUUAGCUGAGCGCUUUAAUUGCGAUGAUACUUUUGCCAAGAUUCACCAGGUUGGUGGUUGUGACAUUUGUCCCGCCCCUCCUCCACUGUGAUUGGACGGCCGAGUGAGAAGUGACAUUGACGAGCUGAGCAUUUCACCUUAAGGUGAACAUUAUUCAACUCAAAACACACCAGCUGCUGGCUUUUUUGAAAAGUGUGGCGCUUUCAUUGGAAACAAUUAAAAACAUCUGCUGGCGUAAACGCUUUGGUGUGCACACUACCUUAGAAAUGAAGGAUGAUAUAUUACAUAUGACAUAGACCAGGAAUAUGAAUAUAACAUCAGGAACUUAAACCAAGUCAGUUUUUUGUUUAUUUCUUCAGACAUUCUUUGUCUCUGACUUUGUUUGUUCAUUUGUCUUCAUGACUUUAAACUGAAAAGCACAAAUCCAUCAGACAUGGAAAGAUAAAAGCAGGAUAAAAUAUCAUUUUCUAUUCAUAUUGUGAUGUUAAAGUGUAAAUAUUUGUACAGCAUAUGUUGAUUAUUUCAGGUUUGACUGUAAAUGAUGAAUGUGAUUUGAUGUGAGUUGUACAGUUUAAGCCCAGUUUACUCUAAUUCCUGGCCCAAGUUUGUAAUUAUUAUGCAUUUUUAUUUUAUUUUUUGGUAAUAAAAAGUUUUUAUUUUUUAGAUAAUAUUCUUUUGAAAUUAGACCUGGGAUGUACAGCUACUAUUUACAUCAGUUAAAGAUGUAAGAGCGUUUAGACAAUGAAAUCGAGACAUUUCGAGGUCAUUUCAUAUCAUAUUAUUAUUAUUCUUAAAUGAAAAUUCUCUUAUCAUUUACUCACCUUCAUGAUGUUACAAACCUGUAUAAAUUUCUUUGUUUUGAUGAACAUGAAGGAAGAUAUUUUAGGGAAUUGUUUGUAACCAAACCAAUCGAGAGCCCCAUUCACUUUCAUAGUAAGAAAAAAGAAUUCUAUUGAAGUGGAUGGGGCUCAUGAUUGGUUUGGUUUUGAAUCUUCAUUUCUGUUCAUCAAAACAAAGACAUUUAUACAGGUUUGUAACAACAUUAGAGUAAAAAAAUGAUGAGAGAAAUUUCAUUUUUAGGUGAACUAUCUCUUUAAAUAAUCAUGUGAAGAUGUUUUGGGUUCUUCAUACAUUGUGUAUGUUUGAAACUUCUUCACAUGCUCCAGACAUUACUGUAUAUUAUUUCUUUUUGACAGACAUGUGUGUAAAAGAGCAGCUUUUAUGUGUAAUGUAAUCUAUUUGCCUAUUUGGGUUUGUAUAAUUGUUUAUGCUUCUCAGCAACAUCUCAUUUUAACAUUUUCCUGUUUCAUACAGUAUUUUAAAUAGUUUGUGUUAUUAUUUUUUUCCAUGUCAGAGAGUUCCUAUGGAAAUAUCUGGAAAUUUUAAAGGUGCCGUAAAAUGUAAAAAAAGUAAUACAGUAAUAAAACUGUAUUUACUGUAGACAUAGAUGAAUAAUAAGAGUUGUGUACAUGGUAAUGACAUAUCAUGAGCCUCAAACACAAUUGUUUCCUCCUUCUUAUGUAAAUCCAAUCUCAACAUAACACCAACUGUGACGUUACAGUCCAGAUGUAACUCCCCAACAUAAAUUAACUCAUUCACCGCCAGCCUUUUUGAGAAAAGUUGCCCACCUGCAUUUUUGUGAUUUUAACAAAAUUUUCACAAAAUUCCUUGCAGGAAAAAUUAUUUUCUAUAAAUAUAUAAACAUACUAAUUAUAUCAAAUUAAAGAACACACCCUCUGCUUUCAAACAAACAAUAAACAAACAAACAAAAUGGGGAAAAAACGUUUCAUUAUAUAUUUACUUUUUCUACUUAAUUUAACCACUGAAAUAUGGAUAUUUCUCUUCAAAAAUACAACAUUUUGAGCAAAAAGCUUAAAAAAUUGCAUUUUUGUAAAGAAAUUUAUGUUAGAGAUCAGACUCAGAAUUAGGGCUGGGUAUUGUUAGGUAUUUCGCGAUUCGAUUCCGAUUCUUGAGGCUUCGAUUCAAUUCAAUUCGAUAUUGAUUUGCUUGCUUCGGUAUCGAUUCAAUAAUAAGUAAAUACACAAGCAAUUAAGUACCUGAGUAUAUUUUUAAAUAAUGUGUGUAGUAUUACUAAUGUUUGAUUACGUUGAUGGUGCAGGCUUGAAAGAAGUGCUGCUGUUUGCCAUCUUUGAUCUAUCUGUUUUGAUAAAGCACGUCUUGUACAACGCUGAACGCUCUCACUAGAGUGUUUCCCACAGCGCCGCCACUGGCCGGGGGGGCUGAAUCGAUUCAUAGGAUUUGAUGAAUCGAUAUUGAACUGAGAAACAAAUAAUUGCAAUGCAUUGAUGAAUCGAUAUUUUUACCCAGCCCUACUCAGAAUGACUAUCAAACAUAAAGGCAGUUAAAAUAAAUCAUUUAAUCUUCUUAUUACACGGCUCUCUGGAAUGCUUGAUUCUGAUUGGUCAGUUGAGACAUGCAGGUUCGUUCUUUUCGAAUAAUAACCGCUCCAAAAUAAUAACGCAUAGCCGGACUACUUGCACGAGUAAUAUCGCUCCGCGCCAAUAAAGAUCAAUAAAGAUUACUGUCUGUGUGGCGCCAUCUUGUGACAAACACUCGACAACCACGACAAGAGACAGACAGCUUACUGAGACUGAACUUGACAAAAUAGAGCAUGACAGCUACGAAGCCAACACACAAAAAAAUACAGAAUGGGGAUUAAAACUUCUCAAAGAGAAAAAAUGGAGACAAGUAUGAAGCAGAGGAUCUUUAUAAGGUAUUACGAUCAUUUUAUGCAUCUGUGCAAAGUUUCGCGGAAGGAUAAAAAUGUUAAUUUAAAACAAAUAUGCCAAUAAAAUGUUUCAAAUUCA